CCCUGUGGCGCAGGGCCUGUCACUAGCACACAGAGUUCAUGAUUUCUCGCGCAGAACUAGUAGUUGGAUGGAUGUUCGGGAUGCUUAGUAUGGUUGUCACCGUAUGGCAUGCUCACAUCAAACUGCAGCCGACACAACAUCGCAAAAUCGAUAGAAUACACUUAUACUGGUGACGAUUAUCCAUGGGAGUUCCCUGUCGACCUCACGCAUGAAGCCGUUGCGACGACUCUUCACGAGAGUGUGCAUUUUUCCCUCAAUGAAUCCGACGCGGUGGCUCGACUCGAGUGGGAGAACCUCGCGUCGUGGCCGAAAGGCUUUGGGCGCACGCACCUAGGACCACAGCACCGAACUUUCGUGAUGGUUUUCCAGCAUCAGCACCACUGUUUAUGGAAACUUGAGACAGCUCUCCUCGACCCCACCGAUCCUGAAUCCUUACCCCAUCACGUAAAUCACUGUUUCAAUUAUCUUCGGCAGACUUUGAUGUGUGAGGCCGCACAUACGCUGGAGAUAGGAGACUUUCUGAGCGUUAAUUAUGAGAAGGACAGAGUGGGGGACACAUUGGUAUGCAGAGACUGGGAAAAGGCAUAUUCUGCACUUGACGAGAACUACGAACAGUGGGUGCAAUGGAGGGAGCAUUGGGACUAAGCUGAUAGUAUUUGGCGGACUCGAAACGUUAGAUCAAGUUCAAGUUGUACCCAGUAUCUAAGCGACGUCACACAGCCGCUUAUGCUGAGCCGCGGUCGCUCAUCUUGUACUAAGUAUGAUAAGUAUUGUAAUCGGUUGGGUUGUGGUCGCUUCGCCGGAGGCCAUCACCCCGGACAAUCUGCGGGACUGUAAAUGCCAAGGUUUCGCUGAGUGCC